CAUCACUCGGCGGGGAGGAGCGCACGGCUCCCGGCCAGGCUCAGCCGGGGUUCCUCGGCGGCCGCGGCCAUGACGCAGGGUCCCGGUGGCCGCGCGGCCCCCGAGCCCGAGGCGCCCACCACCUUCUGCGCGCUGCUACCGCGCAUGCCGCAGUGGAAGUUCGCGGCGCCCGGUAGCUUCCUGGGCCGCGGUCCGGCGGCUGCGCGCGUGGCGGGGGCGGCAGAGGCGCAGCCCGAGCCUGGGGUCCCCGCGCUGGCCGCCGUGCUGGGUGCCUGCGAACCGCGCUGUGCCGCGCCCUGUCCGCUACCAGCUCUCGGCCGCUGCCGGGGCUCGGGGUCGCGGGGCGCGCGGGGAACUCCCGACGUCGCCGACGAGUGGGUGCGCAAGGGCGGCUUCAUUCACAAGCCCGCGCACGGCUGGCUGCACCCCGAUGCGAGGGUCCUGGGGCCCGGGGUCUCUUACAUCGUUCGGUACAUGGGCUGCAUUGAGGUGCUCCGAUCUAUGCGCUCCCUGGAUUUCAACACCCGGACACAGGUGACGAGGGAAGCCAUCAAUCGGCUCCACGAGGCUGUGCCAGGUGUCCGAGGCUCCUGGAAGAAGAAGGCCCCCAACAAGGCGCUGGCCUCCAUCUUGGGGAAAAGCAACCUGCGCUUCGCCGGCAUGAGCAUCUCAGUCAACAUCUCUGUGGACGGCCUUAACUUGUCAGUUCCCGCUACCCGUCAGAUCAUCGCCAACCAUCACAUGCAGUCUAUUUCCUUCGCCUCCGGUGGCGACACGGACAUGACCGAUUACGUGGCCUAUGUGGCCAAGGACCCCAUCAACCAGAGAGCCUGCCACAUCUUGGAAUGCUGUGAGGGUCUCGCCCAGAGUGUCAUCAGCACCGUGGGGCAAGCCUUUGAGCUGCGCUUCAAGCAAUACCUGCACAGUCCGCCCAAGGCUGUCGUGCCCCCUGAAAGGCUGACCGGGCUGGAGGAGUCGGCCUGGGGUGAUGGUGAGGUUACUGCAGACCACGAUUACUACAACAGCAUUCCAGGAAAGGAGCCACCCCUGGGCGGGCUGGUGGACUCCAGACUGGCUGUCACACAGCCCUGUGCGCUGACAACACUUGGGGGCCUUGGACAGGGAUUGUCACCUGCCUGGAGAGAUGUCCGUGGCUUGCCUUGGGACAUGGGCCCCUCUGGAGCAGUCCCACCUGGGGAUGGCUACGUGCAGGCAGAUGCCCGAGGGCCACAUGACUACGAGGAACACCUGUAUGUCAACACCCAGGGCCUGGACGCUUUGGAGCUUGAGGACACCUCCGAGACACCUCUGCAGCCUGAGGACAGCCCCAAGAAGGACCUGUUUGACAUGCGACCCUUUGAAGAUGCCCUGAAGUUGCACGAGUGCUCCGUGGCAGCAGGCAUUACUGCAGCCUCACUCCCUCUGGAGGAUCAGUGGCCCAGCCCCCCUACCCGCAGGGCCCCCAUUGCACCCACAGAGGAGCAACUGAGGCAGGAGCCCUGGUACCAUGGACGAAUGAGCCGUCGGGCUGCAGAGAAGCUGCUUCGUGCCGAUGGGGACUUCCUUGUGAGAGACAGCAUCACCAACCCGGGGCAGUAUGUCCUCACAGGCAUGCACGCGGGGCAGCCCAAGCACCUGCUGCUGGUGGACCCCGAGGGUGUGGUACGGACAAAAGAUGUGCUGUUUGAGAGCAUCAGCCACCUCAUAGACUAUCACCUGAAGAACGGGUUGCCCAUCGUGGCUGCCGAGAGUGAACUGCAUCUGCGGGGAGUGGUCUCUCGGGAGCCAUGAGCCAGGUGACAGUCGUCAGCCCUUGCUGUGGCCCCGAGGGCUCAGCCUUUCUCUCAGACCCUGAAGCCACGAGAACCAGAAUGGUUACCACCUCUCCUUCCGCAUGAGCCUCAGGAAGCCGCCUAUUUCCAGCUGCACUUGCUCAGCUGGCUGGGCCAGUGAGACAGAGUCAGGGUUCAAGCCCCUCGUCCCACCUGAGCCCCAACCCUGAACUUGGGUGAGGCCAUAUAAACCAAAGACAGACCGAGUCGCCUUUAACAAAGACAUCCAAAUGCAGGUCCCAUGCCUCUGGUGCCCGGCGCGGGUAGAGACAUCGGGCUGUGUCCACAGAGUGACGUGGACGGCUCUGUGUGGGCAGGAGUAACAUCCUGCCUUAGCAGGGCUCUGAGGACCUAGAUGCACUGUUGCUUUUGGGGGUGAUUAAGGUGCUUUUGAGUCUCAGAUGCCUGCUAGGGGAGUAGCCUGGGGCUCGCCUGGCGUGUAGGGCAUCCAGGUGAGUAGGAGGCGGAGGAUCCUCAGUGAGGUCUGGUGUCCAGUCAGCACCUCGCAGCUGUCGCCUGCCUGGACCUUCAACUGUCAUUAGACACAGGGUUGAGCGUGAGCCCGCUGUGCCUGCUAGGGACUCCCAGGUGGACAGCUGAGGCUGGGGAAAGCCGUGUGGAGACCCUGGGCUGCAGCACAGUGGGCUAGAUGGGUCUGUGGGGGGUCUGAUCUCCCCCAGCACCCCAGCCCCUGUAUCCCAACAGUGAACAAGGCUCUGGUUUUACUCCAAGAUAAAUGGGCCUCUCUCUUUGUUUGGUGUUUCCCCAGCCCCUUCUUGGAAAUACUGUGGCUUACCUCCUAGGGGCCCCACCUAGGGAUUCCUGAACACGGGCCCCUGGGGAGGGCUGGGCUCCUCUGUGUGGUUCUAGAGAAACAUGUCAGGGAUGGCAUGGGAGCAAAAGCUUCCAGCUGCUCCAAACAUGAGACACCAUUAAAGUCAGAGUUACAGGUCACUUUGAUGCCCUCUUCUUCCGAACACAGAAAGGCCCAGAGUCCCAUCCCCAUGAUCCCCACGGCCCACCCUUCCAUCCCCCGUGGAAACUUACACGGUUUCUUUGGAAAGUCAGUUGUGUCAGGUGGUGUUUUAGCGGGACAGACGCAUAAAGGAGUGUUUUCCUGAAGCAGACACAGGUCAAAGGAUGUUUUCCUUAGCAUAGACGUGUGAAGAAAUGUUUCGACGAAGCUGACACAGAUUAAAAAAAGUGUUUUUGUUAGAGCAAACAUGUAAAAGGAUGUAUGAUGUUAAAAAGGACCCAACAGACGGUGGACAAUGUUAGAUGAUAUUGUCGUUAUUCGAUGGUCACUGCUUGUCGUGACUUUAUAAAACACACACACUAAAAAUCUUCUGGUGGUGAUCUGGCCGCUUUCGCAGACCCAGUGCCAUUGGCAGAGUGGUGUCAGCUGAUUCAAACUCAUGGAGGACACGUGAUGCUUGGGGAGAGUAUAAAUAGGACCCAAUGGACGGUGACAGGCUUACGUAGCCAGCUUUGUAAUCCAUCCCAGGGAUCCAGUCUUAAGUCUUUGCUGAUCUUAACUUCAUUGAGAGGCACAGCAGAAGACUUUCUGUGGGGUCCCUGCUGGUCCUGUCACUCUGGCUGACUCGUGCUGAUAUGUCUGAGGCCUGAUUGUUAGGUCACACCACCGCUGCUGAUUCCUGUUUGCUAUCCUGGCACUGCUGAACUGGACUGCUGGUGCAUAUCCUGACAACACAGAUGGGAGUUGCUCUAAAGAACUCUUUCUAAACAUGUCUCCUUCCCCGGUACCCUAAUAACAUUUCUUUUCCACUUCUUCUGGUGGUUAGUGGGCAAGAAGAGAGGUUAAAACAUUUAGAAACACUUAUUAAAAGUAGGUUUUAAAGGGGCUGGAGGGAUGGCUCAGCGGUGAAGAGCACUGACUGCUCUUCCAGAGGUCCUGAGUUCAAACCCCAGCAACCACAUGGUGGCUCACAACCAUCUGUAAUGGGAUCUGACAGUCCUUCUGGUGUGUCUGAAGACAGCCACAGUGUAUUCAUAUACAUUAAAUAAAUAAAUCAAUCUUUAAGAAAGUUUUUUUUAAAUCAGUCUACCCUACC